AUGGAAAAGACACCACCGCAGCGCCAGGCUAUAGAAAGCGGCCCCGAGGAGGACGAGGACGGCACUGCUAAACGCGGCUUGCCGUUUUCCAAAGCAAGAUGUAUUGCUUUAGUCGCAACGGUCACCGGAGCGAGCUUCCUGAACACUCUCUCGAUCCAAUCGACUGUCAUUAUCCUACCGACCAUCGGCGAGGAUUUAAACAUUCCUGAAAGUAGACUGCAAUGGGUCGUAUCUUCUUACGCGCUCACGUUCGGCUGCUUCUUGCUCCUGUGGGGCCGCAUAGCGGACAUCUACGGCAAACGCUCCAUCUUUAUCUUGGGGAGCGCUUUCGUAGCCGUCACGGCGAUUAUUAAUCCUUUCAUACCCAAUGAAAUCGGAUUCAACGUGUUUAGGGGGUUGCAAGGACUUGGCGCUGCCGCAAACGUUCCAACGGCUAUUGGCAUUUUGGGCGUGACUUUUCCGCCUGGCAAGGCAAAGAACUAUGCAUUCAGCUCGUACGCUGCCGGCGCACCGCUCGGCAGUGUAUUUGGGAAUCUUAUUGCCGGUCUCAUUGCUUCGUUUGUUAACUGGAGGUGGGUGUUUGGAGCCGUCGGUGGCCUCGCAAUUGCAGUCACGCUUGCGGGUAUACUAUUCAUACCUGCGCCGCCGCAACACGUCACAGUCGGGAAAAGCAGCUUCUCGUCGCUAAAAUCCGUCGAUUGGAUAGGCGGUGCGCUCGUCACCGUUUCUAUCCUGGCUCUGCUAUUCGCCUUGACGGAAGGCAACAUCGUCGGCUGGAACGCCAUCUGGAUCUACAUGCUGAUAGUCAUUUCCGUGCUGCUUCUGGGUAUCUUCGUCGCAUGGCAGUGGUAUCAGGAAAAACACACGACGAGCAAGCCGCUGAUGAAGGUGUCCAUGUUCAAGAGCGCUCGCUUCAGCGCCGCUAUGGUCAUUAUGGCUCUGUUCUUCGCUGCUUUCAACGACCUCAUCGUUUCCGCCACGUUCAUCUUCCAGGACUACCAGGCACUUGGCGCGCUGCAGACGACCUAUCGAUUUAUUCCUACCGGCGCCUCCGGGAUCAUCACCGCGUUCGUCGUGAGCCAUCUCAUCUCACGCAUCCCCACUUGGAUGCUGCUCCUUUUCGGUAAUCUAAGUGUGUCGGUAUCCUGUCUGCUAUUUUCAAUUCCUAUCCCCCCCGACACGUCCUAUUUCGCGUACGGCCUUCCGGCUUUCGUGCUUUCCGUAAUCGGUGCUGAUAUCACUUGGCCGACUUUAACCUUAUUUACCUCGAAAUCUUUACCCCAAGACGGCCAGGCGCUAGGAGGUGCACUUAUCAACGCGAUGGGGCAAAUCGGAAGAGCCAUUGGGUUGGCUAUCACCACGGCCAUCCAGACUGCCGUUAUGGCGAGGGACAGGGGAGUGUCGGUAGAGGCUUCGGGCAAGAUCCUGCCCUGGGAACCUGCAUCCCUAGCCGGGUUGAGAGCUGGCAUUUGGUUCAACUUCGGGCUCGCGCUUUGCUGCGCGAUUGUUGUUACUGUGUAUUUUCGCGGAACCGGCAUCGUUGGUAAGAUUGAGAAGAAACCGCAACAAUCAGCGAGUAUGCUCCGUCAAGAAGAUGCAACAUGUCAGGGCACUACUCGCAAAUAG